CUGCUGGCGGUCGCGCUCCUUUCUCUGUUCGGAGUUCGGUGAACAAACAGUGUUGGGUUGACUGGCUAAAAAUCUCGCGAUGCUUCGCCCUCAGUUGAGACUGUAGAUGUGAUCAGGUAGUAGACUGGACUCCAGUUAAACCAGUUUGAACCAGUUAGGCGUCAGGUAGUUACUGGAGGAGAAAAUAUCCGGGUCCUGGCGGUUUCUGAUCCGACUGGGUUCAUAACUCUUACCUUGUUCCGGUUCCGGUUCGGACCUGACUGUUAAAGAACGUUCUCCAGGACCACAGAACCGAACCGGAACCUCUCUGUGGGUUCGCUCGUUAACAGGCAGCAGGUGAAUAAAGUGGUUCUGACCCGUGUGGGCGGAAUCUCACAGGAGUCAACGCUCAGAUCACCUGUUGGUUGCUGUGAGAACAUGAGCUCCGCCCACCUGUCCACAGUGGAUGGCACUGAUAGGCUGUGUGUUUCUGAGCGCGCUCAGUACGUCCCUUCUCCAGUGCUGCACCUGCGGCAGCUACCUACUGACACCUCCGAACAGGAAGUGGUCGACCUGGCACUUCCCUUCGGCAGAGUCUCCAAACUGAUCACACUGAGGACCAAAAACCAGGCAUUUCUUGAGAUGGCGUCGGAGGAAGCAGCCGUUACCAUGGUGAACUACUACGCCUCAGCCCCACCCACCAUCAGGAACCAGCCAGUCUUCAUUCAGUACUCCACCCACAGAGAGCUCAAAACAGACAAUCUGACCAAUCAGCAGAGGGCGCUGCAGGCCAUCAGCAUGGCAACAGUGCAUUCUGGGAACAUGGGGUCUUCAGAGGGGCGGGGAUUAAUCCCGGCGCCCAGCGCGGUUCUGAGGAUCAUCGUGGAGAACCUGUUCUACCCGGUGACCCUGGAGGUCCUGCAGCAGAUCUUCAGUAAGUUCGGCUCCGUCCUGAAGAUCAUCACCUUCACCAGGAACAACCAGUUCCAGGCUCUGCUGCAGUUCAGCGACGCCGUCCACGCUCAGCACGCCAAGGCGUCUCUGGACGGCCAGAACAUUUACAACAGCUGCUGUACGCUGCGCAUCGACUUCUCCAAACUGAGCGCGCUCAACGUCAAGUACAACAACGACAAGAGCCGCGACUUCACCAGAGCCGACCUGCCGAGUGGAGAGCUGGACCCGGCCGGCGCCGCCGCCGCCACCUUUGGUGUAGCUCUGCCGCCAUACGGAGCCGCGGCGUUCCCGCCCUCCUUCCACCAGCACACGGGUCUCCCCGUGACGGCGGUCCCCGGCUCGCUGAUGUCCUCUCCUCGCAUGGCGCUGCAGGUGGCGCCCCCUGCAGGCCACUCGGUGCUGCUGGUGUCCAACCUGGACCCGGAGAGAGUUUCCCCCCACUGCCUCUUCAUCCUGUUUGGAGUUUACGGCGACGUUCAGCGAGUCAAGAUCCUGUUCAACAAGAAAGAGAACGCGCUGGUCCAGAUGAGCGACGCCACGCAGGCGCAGCUCGCGAUGAGCCACCUGAACGGCCAGCGUCUCCAUGGAAACGUGAUCCGGGUGACCCUGUCCAAGCACCCAGUGGUGCAGCUGCCGCGCGGAGGGGCGGGGCCGGAGGAGCAGACGCUGACGCAGGACUUCUCAGGCUCCGCCCUCCACCGCUUCAAGAAGCCCGGCUCCAAGAACUUCAACAACAUCUUCCCUCCGUCAGCGACGCUGCACCUGUCCAACAUCCCGUCAUCGGUGGGCGAAGACUCCCUGAAGGACCUGUUCUCCUCCAGAGGUUUUGCUGUAAAGGCCUUCAAGUUUUUUCAGAAGGACAGAAAGAUGGCGCUGCUGCAGCUGGGGUCGGUGGAGGAGGCGGUGGAGGCGCUGAUCGCCCUUCACGACCAGCACCUGGACCACAACCAGCACCUGCGCGUCUCCUUCUCCAAGUCCACCAUUUGACCCCCCCUGCAGCCCGGUGGCCGGUCGGACGGCAGGGCCUCCCCACGCUGAGGGGGGCACACCGGCGGCCGGGCCAGGCCUCGUCGCCAUGGUUACAGAUGUUCCUGAGCACAUUCCUGAGUGGCAUCAGCGGAGCAUUGUGGGUAAUGGAGUCAGGACCAGGAGAACCAGAAACGUGUGCAGAUGUUUUGGUUCCUGCUGAAACUUUUGAACUGAAACAGUUUGAUUUGAACUCUUCAUCGUCCUCCUGCUGUUGGCUGACCAUCAUCAUCUUCAUUUUGUUGUUAUUCCUGCUGUCGAUGUUCAGGCUCUCUGUCUUUUGUGCCUUAUUUUUCAGAUUUUCUUACGGCCUGUAGGGGGCGCUCUGUGUGACUGUCUGAUGUGUUUCUGCUGUUCUGGGAGGUUUUUAAUGUCGGCUCUAUUUAUAUGAUAAUGUGAUGCUGUUGAAGCCCCGCCCACUUGUGUGUUUGUGUGUGUGUGAGUUUACAUGUCGAAACCUGAGCAACGAUCCAUCUGGCUGGCUCAGGGGUCAAAGGUCAGCACCGCCUCCAUUUCUGGUAGGGUUAAACCAAGCCAACGUUUCUGUGCCUUUAAAUUCAGGCAACCUGUUCCCAUCAUGACAUCACUUCUUACCAAGUUCUGGUCAGGCCCGGUGGGACUGAAGAAUGUUCCAAUUAUUUCUUAUUAAUCUCAGAUUUAUUUCCUGCUGAGACAAAAACACUAAAAGCUGUUAAAAGCUGGAGAAACAGGAAGUUCACUAAUAAUAAAUCUGCUUUAUUGAUCUCAUAAACCAGGAAAUAAGCAGAAAUAUGACUACAUCCAGGUAAAAUGUUUUAUCACUAUUUAUUUACUGUGAUAAAUAAUCUGGAUUAUCAUAACCCAUUUUAUCAUCUGGUUCUGAAUCAAGAUAAGUUUUAAAAACUGAU